AUGGGAGAGUCGAUCAAAGAACGCGAUGUCAAGUACAUUGCUCCAACCGCAGACGAUGAUGACCGCCUGGCCCAACUUGGACACGUCCAGGAGCUCGAGCGAAACUACUCGAUAUGGUCGCUGGGCAGUCUGUGUCUCUGUUUGAUGGCAACUUGGGAGGCGCUGUCAACAGUUAUUGCAACUGCGUUGACGACGGGCGGUGCCCCUUGUUUGUUCUUCAAUCUUCUCAUCUCGGUCAUCUGCACAAUUGCUAUUGCGUGCUCUUUGGGCGAAAUCGCGUCCAUAUACCCGACCGCGGGAGGACAAUACCACUGGGUCGCUGCGCUCUCCCCACCUUCGUCUCGAGCAGCAGCGUCAUGGUUGACGGGAUGGAUCAACGUUGGAGGACAGAUCGUGCUGACUGCCUCUGCUGCAUUCGCGGCAGGCCUCCAGCUCCAGGCUUUGAUCAUCUUGAACAACGAGACCUACAUCCCCGCAAGAUGGCAGGGACUGUUGUUCUACUGGGCCAUCUUGAUCUACGCCGCUGCCAUCAAUAUUUGGGGCUCGAAGAUGCUCCCCACUGCCAACUUGAUCUCUGGCGUACUGCACAUUGCAGGCUUCCUUGCCAUCCUUGUCACACUCGGUGUCAUGGCACCCAAGAACUCCGCCUCCUUCGUCUUCACAGAGGUCACCAACUCAAGCGGCUGGUCCAAUGACGGCGUCUCCUGGCUCGUCGGCCUCCUCUCCUCCGUCUACCCCCUCCUGGGCUACGACGCCGCCUGCCAUCUCGCCGAAGAAAUGCCACAUGCCUCGCGCAACGUCCCCAUCGCCAUGAUCGGCUCCGUGACCGUCAAUGGCCUCCUCGGCCUCGGCUACUGCACCAUGCUGCUCUUCUCCACCGGCCCCCUCGAUACCCUCCUCGCCACCCCCACAGGCUUCCCCUUCAUCCAGAUCUUCCUGGAUGCAACCCGCUCCGCUGCUGGCGCCACCAUCAUGAGCCUCGUCAUCACCCUCAUCGCCGUCGCGGCCACUGUCGGCGGCAUCACAUCCACCUCUCGCACCCUGUGGGCGUUCGCUCGCGACAAAGCCACCCCGUACGACCGCUACCUCGCCCACGUGAACCCCACGUCGCACAUUCCCGUCCGCGCCGUCGCCCUCGUCACGAUCCUGCAGAUGCUGCUCGGCUUCAUCUACUUGGGCAACUCGACCGCCUUCAACGCGAUCCUGAGCAUGGCCGUGCUGGGCAUGUACACCUCGUACCUGAUCCCCAUUGUGUACUUCAUGGUGUACGGACGUCCGCGACUCGCGGCUGCGGAAUUCGGGUUCUUCAAGAUGCCCAAGGGGCUGGGACUCGCGCUGAACUGUGUUGCGUGCGCGUGGCUGGUGCUGGCGAUUGUGUUCUCGACGUUCCCUUCGUUUAUGCCGGUUGAGGCGCAGACGAUGAAUUACUCGACGGUGGUGAUGGGUGGCUGGAUGGUGUUGGGCGCGGGAUAUUACGCUGUGCGGGGAAGGAGGAAGUUUGAGGUGCCUGUUGUAGAGCGGGAGGCGCGUGGGUUUUGA